GAGGCCAGAGGGAGACCUCUUCCACGGUGCAGGGCUGAAAUGGACCCGCUUAGGGCCCAGCAGCUGGCGGCAGAGCUGGAGGUUGAGAUGAUGGCUGAUAUGUACAACAGAAUGACCAGUGCCUGCCACCGGAAGUGCGUGCCUCCCCACUACAAGGAAGCAGAACUGUCCAAGGGCGAGUCUGUGUGCCUGGACCGGUGUGUCUCCAAGUACCUGGAUAUCCAUGAGCGGAUGGGCAAAAAGUUGACAGAAUUGUCUAUGCAGGACGAAGAGCUGAUGAAGAGGGUGCAGCAGAGUUCUGGGCCUGCAUGAGGCCCCAGGCAGUACACCGUAAGGUGCACCCUGUCCUUUCCCACUUGUCUAAUAAAAGUGCCCCCACUGGGUGUCAUCUGUGAAGACUGCCAGGCCUAGGCUCUUUCUGGAAAGUCUCCAGGAGCCCAGGGUAUGAUGGAGCUUUUUCCCGGUCGGAGAAGGGGUAUUUGUCACACUGGCAU